AUGUCCGCAGAGCACGCUCCCAAAGUCCCAGCGUACGCCGAGUGCGCUCGCACCGACAAACCAGCGCUAGUGACUCCUGAGUCGGUCUCCAAGGAUGAUGAACGAGCUCCAGCGAUCCACUGCACCAACAUUGCCGUGGCUGGCGGUGUCAAGUAUUCGACUUGGUUCGGAGGGUCUUACGAGGGCUCGAUAGACACAAAGAUCUGGUUCUCCAAAAAUACCGAUGGCAGUUGGACCAAGCCUCGGGGAAUCGCCGGCAAUAUAGAAGGCGAGGAGAUUGUCUACUGGAAUCCGGUGCUCUUUAUCCCGGACCGCUCUCGGCCGCAAGAACUUCACGUCUUUUUCAAAAAGUUUACGCCCAUUCCCGUCUGGGUUACGUUCUGGACAAGCAGCGGCGAUGGUGGAGAGACCUGGUCUGUACCGAGAGAGCUUGUUCCCGGACCAGGCGGAAAGAGAGGUAGAGGGCCGCAGAAGAAUCCGCCGAUUGUAUUGAGCAAUGGCGAUUGGCUCUCGGCGGGCUCCUACGAGGUUACCAACCCGCCGGGCAGUGAAGCCUACGGUGUAUGGGACGCUUGGUCUGACGUCGCGCCCAAACCUAGGCCCGGCGACGACUUUAAGCAAGGAGAAAAGUGGAUCCGGUCCGAUCUCAUCGAGCUUCCCUCUGAUCGCGGAAAGGCCGAAGGCAGCUUCCCCGGAGAGGGUGUCAUUCAACCUGGGAUAUGGGAGUCCAAAGGCAAGCCGGGACACUGUCACAUGACGAUGCGAUCCAGUGUUGGGUGCAUUAUCCAAGCGGACUCCACCGACUAUGGCCGAACGUGGGGGCCAGCGUAUAGGACAUCGCUGCCCAACAACAAUUCAGGUCAUUGCGUGACGACCUUGCGGGACGGACGAGUUGUCUGGGCCGGCAACUACCAGACGCAAAACUGGGGCCCGCGAACACCGCUGUGCCUUGCGAUCAGCGAGGAUGACGGCAAGACGUGGAAGCUUUGGGCAACGCUCGAGGACGCGCCUCCGCCUGAUGAUUUCAAGCGAGUCAUUGCCUUGGAGACGGGAAUUGUGAACGACGGGAGAUCUGAGUUUUCGUACCCUUGCUUGACGCCUACGGAGGAAGAUGACGAGGACGGGGUUUGGGUCUCGUGGACGUGGCAGCGACGAGGGAUUAUGAUUGCCAGAGUCGUUGAAUGUUAA